UCUUCUUUCCUUUACAUUUUCGAGACUCAUUCCAUUGUCUCAAUACGGGUGGUGGCCAUUUUAUUAUUGCUUUAACCUCCAUGCUUUUUCUAGGGUUAUCAACACUUAUUGCUUUUUUCCAUUCAAUCAUUUAUCUCCCCUCUUAAACUACAGGCUCUACUUUUUUUAAGUGUUGAUGAACUGGCAGCAUCUUUGCUUCUAUUAUAAGUUGUAGCUUUUUAGACAUUUCCUUUUAUAUAUUUUUGCAACUAUUCCUUCGAUCAAAGACUCUUGGCCAUUGUCAUCAAAAAAUAUGGGAAGGCAACCUUGUUGUGAUAAGGUCGGGUUGAAGCGAGGUCCAUGGACGAUUGAAGAAGAUCAUAAGCUUUUGAACUUCAUUCUCAGUAAUGGUAUUCAUUGCUGGAGAAUGGUUCCCAAGCUUGCAGGUUUGCUAAGAUGUGGGAAGAGCUGCAGAUUAAGAUGGAUUAAUUAUUUAAGACCUGACCUGAAGAGAGGUGCUUUUACGGAAGAUGAGGAGGACCAGAUUAUUCAACUUCAUUCUCGUCUUGGUAACAGGUGGUCCAAGAUUGCUUCACAUUUUCCUGGUCGAACUGAUAAUGAAAUCAAGAACCACUGGAAUACUCGGAUUAAGAAGAGGCUGAAGCUCCUUGGUUUAGACCCGGUGUCUCACAAGCCCAUUGACAAAACCGAAGAGAUAAUCAGUAUUUCUGCAGAGGAAGAAGAGACGAAGAGCGGGGACAUAAAGUCGAAUGUUGAUGACGAUUUGAUCAAGAAAGAAAAUGAAGAGGUUCCAGCAGAGAAAGUACAAGUACAAGAAGAAGUGAAAUCAAUGACCAUGGAUGAUACAGCUUCGCUUUUAAACAACUACGAAAUGUUGUGUGGAAAUUUGGAGAUGGGAUCGAUUUUGUUUAACAACCAAGAAACCAACACAACUUCGACUACUUCAAAUUGCAGUACAUCCUCCUUCUCCUGGGAAGAAUCAAAUAAUUACAACAGCAGCAGCAGCAGCAGCAACAACAACAACAACAAUCCUUCACUGUGUGCGUCGUCUUCUCUACAGCAUCAAGAAGACGCUUUACAGCAAUGGAUGGAUAAUGUGGAUUCAAUUAUCUCAUGGGACUGCUUCAAUCAACUAGAAGGAAACCCUCUUUCUUCUUGGAAAAUUAUUUAACCUGAUGAAAAACACAUCCACAAUUCUGUCUCUUAAUUAGGUUCUUUCAUGAGUAUCCUAAUCAUGAAGUCAUCCUAUUUCAAGCAAUAAAUUAAAAUCUGUUCAGCUAGAAAAGCCAAUUACAUGAUGAUGGUGAUGACAGUUACUGCAUGCCAUCAUGGAAACCUUUGCUUUUAUUAAUUAACCUUCAUGUUUUUCUGUACAAUAUUUACCAUUUUUUCAUAUG